AUGGCACCAAGCUUAGCCGACUUUGGACAUGACCUUGCUUCCGGUGAAUGGUACGUACUUAAGGGGGCUGUCGAGAGGAACUUCGGUGGGACCACCGAGUGGAGGUUCAACCCCCUGAUGGCCGCAAGAAGUGGGCAGUUGGAGUUGGCGUUCGCGCCAAGGCCAUUGAUGAUUACCGGAUCUGGCGCGUUGAAAUCGGUCAAAAGUGUUGUCGAUUCGGAGCGGCGAGUUAUAGAUUCGUGCUUGCCUGUUGAUGUGACAGUGAUUGUGAAACCACACGACAUGCCUGGCGAGAUGAGUGAAUCAUUUUUUCCCGGGACAAAGGUUGUUUUUUCGGGUGUUCAUGUUGGCGGAACGGGUGAAGGCGGCCUGGUCGCGGAGUUGUGA